UGUCAUCCUCAAACAUGUCCUAAUCGCAGGGAUCAUUACACAGUUGAGCAGCCACAACCAGAAUCCGGUGAGAGAAGAUGGGACUAUGUACCCAUCGUGGGUUCAAUCUGGUGGCUCCGGUGGCGGACGAAUGAACGCCGAAGGAAGAUCCCAGUCGAUUUGCACUCUUCUGGCUUGAUCGGUAGGAGGCUUUCAGCUCAACAAUUCCAUAAACAGGUUUCAAAUUUGAUGAAGGAACUUUCUUUUUGUUUUGGAAUGGUUUGGUGAUGCAAAAUGUAUUUUAAUUUUUAAUUCUUUUUUUCAUGGGACUCGAUUGUCUUUAAAAGGUAGGUGGUGGUAAUUUUCGCUGGUCUCUUUCCAUGGUUGGGCAAAUAAAAAACACGGUUCCAACCUUUAUUGACUUUUCUUUACGCGUUUCUACAUCAUUUGUGAACCCUUUCCUUCGUCUGAGUUGAGAAUAAUAAUCUUUUUUCAAUGGAAGAUGUGCCAGAGCCUCCCAUCAAUCCUAAUUUUGACGAUUUUGAUGAUUAUGAAUUAGAUCAAACAUCCGAUCUUCAUGAUGAUGGUGAUGAUGAAGAUCAAACAUCCGAUCUUCAUGCUGAUGAUGAACGCAAGAUCAAGAAUUUCAUGAAAGAUUUGCCGAGUAGAGUGUCUUUCCGGCGCCCGAAGUCGAAAUACCAUCUGUGGUCAUUUUGGAGUGAGCCGACUCUGUCUCUUCGCAGUGGUAGUAGUAUUACCGAUUCGGCAACUCACACCCCCACCACAAAUCAACCCAUCAUUACAGACAUCAUCAAAUCUGCCCUUCUACACUUCAAUGACAGUUUUCUUAUGGUUGAAGUACUUCUAAUACAGUUUUGGGCACCCAUGACAACAGAAACAGGGUGUGUCCAGCUUGUUACUUCAGACCAACCUUUUGCUCUUUCUUAUCAUCUUGAUGAAGGACUUCUUGAGUAUAGGAAGCAGUGUUUGCAAUACAAAUUUAAUGUGGAUGGGGAUGGGGAAGGAGUAGAAGGCCUUGGAAUCGCUGGCCGUGUGUUCCGCCAAAAAUGGCCCGAGUUGAUACAAGAUGUGGGACAUUACUCUACCAAAGAGUACCCACAGCGUGAUUUCGCUCUAGCUUGCCAUAUUUUGAGUUGUUGUUCUUUUCCGGUGUUUCAAACCUCUUUCCAGGAAUGCGUUGGAGUACUUGAGUUUGCUACAACUACCGAUUCCUUUUUACACACGGCGAGUUAUUUGUUUAUGAAACAUGCGCUCAAGUCUGCCGGUCUGAAAACUUCUUGGUGUGAUGCAUUGAUUUGUAAGAUUUUAUAUAAAGAUGAUCAUCCAAAUAUAUGGGCUGAAAUCGAAGAAGGGUUGGAAGUGGUGUGCAAAACUCACGACUUACCUUUGGCUAAGACAUGGAUUCGGUGCAGGCAUUUCAAUGGCUUGGCCUUUGAUGGCAAUUUGGAUAAUAGCUGUGAUACGUUUGAUGUAAGCUGUAUGGGGCCAGCCUUUCACUGUGAUUUCCUAACAUUUAAUCUUCUAGAUCAUAAUAUGAAGGUAUUCUUCUAUCACUGGAGUGAUUUUCAAAACAGGCAGGAAGUUGUUCGGAGUGCAUAUCAGUCGCAUAAACUAUGUUUAUGUAGAGAUCUAACUCAAUUCAGCAUAACUGAAUACCCCUCCUUGCCCCUUGCACGCGCUUUUGGCUUAAGAGGUUGUUUCGCGAUUUACUUGCAAAAUACUCGUGCCAAAAAUUUUCAUUACGUACUAGAGUUUUUUUCUGAAUCCUAA